GUAAAAUGUGCUCUAGGGGGUGAAGCUAAUAGUAAGGAGAAUCAUCUAUUCCAGUAAGGGAAAAAGCGAGGUAAGUUACCCCAGAACUCACUAUUGUCUAUAUACACACAGCCAAGUCGCUUGUAUUCUAUUGAGACGUCCUCCUAUAAAGGCGGUUUACAGAUGACUAUGCACAGGGCCGUGUUACAGCUUUUUAUUGUCCUGAUUUGUUGCAAAAUCUAAAACCUUCUGCAGGCUCUCAACACAAAGACCGACUGAUACAUACACACGGCGAUAACAUAUAGGAUCGGGAGCCGGGGUGUUUUUUAACUUACUAAUAAUUAAUACGAUUGUCUUCAAUUAGUUUAAUCAUGCUGUAAUAACAUUGCGUGUGCGCGGACACUCGGUUGUUAUUCCAUUGUCUCGAGCUGUUACAGUGUAUCACUUUUAGCUACUUGUACAGAUCUCUGCCACUAUGUGAAACCAGGCAGCAACAUCUGUACCGUGCAUGUAAUGUGAGCUGUUGGAAGACAAACACUGACUGUAGAAGUAAACAUGCCGGUUGUCGUGGUAGUGACUUUUAGUUCCUUGUAUUUGUUGUUUUCCAACCUGCAAGUAAAGUAAUAGGAUUUUAUGUUGAAGCUCAAGCUUCCUCGUCGGUGAAAGUUGUACACUGGGGGGACGUUUCGCGGCAAGAAAAAAAAUGGACAACGCGAGAUUUCAUUUACGAGUUCUAUACAUUGAGGAGGAAGGUGGGGAGAAACAGCAGCAGCGUGGCUUAACAUGUCCUUUAGUACCAAGCUACAGCUCGAAGGAAAAGUCAGAUACAACCCAAACAACGUAAAUGUGAAGGAUAUUUGACGGAAAGCAGGCAGUCUUUGUCCUCCACAAGUAGACAAUAAGGGAUUAGAACCACCCACUGACUCUCACACACUACCCCCACCCAUGGAAGCCUGCCAUGGGGUGGGGGUAAACACUAUAGCUCUGGCAUUACUGACAGCCAUGUUUUUCUAAUGAAUAACAAUAUCAACAUUUUGAAUAUUUGGAAGGGUAUGCAUCACUGAAAAACAUGUAUGUCAGUAUUCAAUACGAUACUGUCUUUCAAUGGAAUCAUAUCGUAUAUUGAGAUAUUGUGAUACACAACUACUUAGUCUAAAAUGAUAAUAACAAGCACAUACUAAGUCAUAAUUUCCAGAAAAUUUGAUAGUUUUGCACUGAUGUUCUUAAUUAAAUGAGAAAAUGCUCAGUACUUUUCACUUGUAAAGUAUUUAAUUCCCACAAAGGUAUACAAAACAAUGUUGUGCUAAAUGCUAUAUCGUGAUAUAUCUCAUUAUUGAGAUUUGAAAUGAUCUAAAUCGUAAUAGAAGAUUCUGGCAAUAUCGCCCAGCUCUUGUAACAGACACCUUUAACUGCACAACAUUGCAAUUAGUGGACCACCAGCUACACCUCCUAAGCCAGAGCUUCCCAACAGUAAAUGUAUAAAUGUUGUGAUUUUAUGGUUGGGUUAGAUUUACAGUUAAUGUAAAAUAGAUUACAGACGUGAAGAUGAGAUAACUAUGAUGAUAAUGAAGUUUUCUUUCUUAGAGAGCUGCAAAAUGGCAAGUGCAGUGGUUGUGAUUCCAGACUCCCCCCAGGACAAAAGCAGCCGCCUUUCUUCGGUGACCUGGAUCAACCACCUGCUGAAGACAAACUUCAAAGAUGUGCGGGAGAUGGGUUCAGGUGCAUAUCACUGUCAGAUCAUGGACCUGGUCAUUCCCGGCUCCGUUGACAUGACCAAGGUGAAGCUCGAUGCACAACGUGAGGAUGACCGUAAGCACAACUUCAGUCUCCUACACGAGGCCUUCAGCAAGAGCGGUAUCACAAAGGCUAUUCCAGUUGAGCAGCUCAUAAAAGGGGAUUCAAAAGCAAACUUUGAGGUCCUAAAGUGGUUCAAAGCUUUCUACACGGCAAAUGUGAAAAAUAAAGAACACAGCCAUGUGAAGGCUCAGGACAACCAGGAUAUCUGCCCCAUUGUGGUACCUCACAAAUCGCACAAAGACGGAUCUAAAUUAGAUUCAGACACGGAGGAGAUGGGCACUGUGACGACUAAAGUGUACCCUUUCACUGAGAAGUGGAAGGCUAUGUUUGACUGGGCUGACCAGAGUGCUCUUGGAGAGGAAUCUACCUUCUGCCGCUCUUGCGACAGAAACCUGAAGACUUUUCAGAAAGGCCCUUUUGAACUCAGGCGACACGAGGAAACAAUCAAACACAAGAAAAGGGCUCGAAUAUCCACCAUCGCUAGCCGUAAAAGCAAUCGCUCCAAACCGCUGCCCCGUAGCGACGCAGCUAUUCGGUUCAUUCGCAAGCACUGCUACACCGGCCCCGCUGAAGGCGAACAUGUUUCUAGACAUUUUGCACGCCGUAAACUGGAGUUGCAGUAUCCCAGCGACGUUGCGUCCGUUUGCCAACACACUCCGUACUGUGUAUACAUCUAUGGAGGGUGUACACUGGGAAAGGACGACACUGUCUCUGUGGUCCUUGUUGGGUUUUUUGAUGUCAAAACCUCCAGGCACUGCAUCCGAUUUCUGGAUGCUCAUCAGUCAGAGGAUGGCGCAGAAGAUCAAACGGCAGCAGCAGCAGUGGUGGAGACCUUGAAGAAAUCCGGGUUACACACAGAUAAUAUUGCCGCUGUUUAUUCUGACGGUAACGGUGCGGCCUCAGAGCAGAUCUACUCGCAGCUCAGGGAACUUAACCCGAACAUAGUAGCCUUAGGAGGGCUGUAUGCCAUCGCGGAUGCUGCUUGCCAUGCUGGGAUUAAGGAGCUCUCCGAUCAGGCUCAAGAGUUGAUGGUAGAUAUCCAUGCUCACUACUCCUCCUGCACUACCAAGAAUGUCAACCUCGAGGCUCUUUUUGGCUCGGACAUCACUGCGGAUAGUCCAUCAUCUCAUCUCAACGCCAGCUGCCUUAAAAUCUUCCCGUUGGUCCCAAAAAUCGUAGAAAUAUGGACAGAUCUCAUGAUUUACUUCAAGUCUUGUGACAAGGGCGAUAAAAAGGCCACGUUAAUCUGCUCACAGCUGCAGGAUCCCAAAGUCAGGGCAACAUUUAUGUUCCUGGAGCAGGCCUUGAAGCCUCUGCACAGUUUCCAAAGGCAUCUGCAGGCACAGGAGGGAGCUGCCCGAGGGGAUAUGCUGCUCAUCCUGGAAGAGGCCAGUAGCCUGCUGUGCACCUACACCUCCUACUUCCUUAAACCUGAAGCUGCUGCUCGCUUCCUCAAAGAACGCGAUCCCCAAAUCCUUAAGGACAAGAAAUUCCACCUGUCAGGCCCCAAACUCAGUCUGGGUGGGAAAGCUGUGAAAGACUUCCUGAAUGAGUCUGAGGCUACAGAUGCACUGCCACUGUUAAAAGAGGAGGUGUUGUCUUUCUACAUUGCACUCACGGGUUGCAUUGCAAAGGAGCUGCCUCAGAGCGACGAGGUGCUACGUAGCAUAGCUCAGCUGCUGAACCCCCAGAGCAGAGUGAAGGUGACUGGGAAAGUGGUCGAGGAGCUUGGGACCAAGCUGGGAAUCUGCAGCUCCCCCGAGGAGGUCAACCAGCUCACACGUGAAUUCCUUGAGUAUCAGCAUGCUGAAGAGGGAGAGAAAGACAAGUCAGAAGUGGUUUCUCCGGAGAAACACUGGGCUAGCGUACUGAAGGACAUCAAUCCGACAUCAAUCUUCAGAAAGCUUGUUCUGACCCUGUUGUCUCUUCCCUGUCCUCCCCUAGAGGCUCAGCAGGUUUUCACUCAGGUAUGUAAAAACAUCUUUUGUUUGUGUUUAGUCUUCACAUCUUUAAUAUCAUUAAUUCUGUGCACUUGCUGUAUUUUCCUGUCGCAGGCCCUGGAGAACAAAGAUGCUGCGAUGUUUUCGGAGAACGAGGCCUUGACAGAAAGCGAGUGUGACCACACGUCUGACAGCGCUCUCUCUGACUCCACCAGCAACAAAGACUCCACAGCUCACACUGAAGACCAGAAUGGCCUUAAUGCGACAGUGAAGCACUGUGAAGUCCGCCUCACGAAGAUACAUCAGAAUGCCGAUACACCUGAACAAAAUGGCGCUGUGUGGAAAGAGAUGGCUAUUAGAGGAGGUUAUGGCUGGGAGAGCAGCUUGCGCCAGAAGCCACAGGCCCGUACAGUGUUUCAGGCUGGUGCUAGAACCUGGUCCACCCCCGAAGGUGUUGAUAAGGACAGCAAAAAGGGUCUGGAGUCCCAAGAUGAGGUGGCAGAAGAGACAUCCCCCUUCAGUAAACCCACACCAAGAAGCCGACGGAAACAGGCCUACCAGGAUGGGAAAGGGUUUCUGAAUGGGGAGCUGGUGUGGGGGAAAGUGAAAGGCUUUUCCUGGUGGCCUGGGCUGGUGAUGCCUUGGAAAACCAAGUCAGCUGCCCCGGGUAUGCGAAGGGUGGAGUGGUUCGGAGACGGGAUGUUCUCGGAGAUCUAUACGGAGAGUCUGUUGACAUUUAGGACCUUCACCAAGUGCUUCUGCAAAAACUCCUUUGCCAGCUUGCCCAUCUACAAGGAAGCCAUCUACCAGAUCAUUGAGUUGGCAGGUGAGCGAUGUCGGAAGUCUUUUGCUGAGGCGAAAGGAAAUAAAGAAAAAGAGCUGAAGAUGAUGCUGGACUGGGCUUCUGGAGGAUUCCUGCCUUCCGGACCUGAAGGAUUUGCACCUGCUGAUGCCGCUGCAUAUCAAGAUUCUGACUCUGCAACGUCUGACUGCCAGCCUCCAGCAAAAAGGAAAUACGUUCUUAAAAAUAAGACAAACGCACCCGUCAUCACCUACGACAGAGAAUUAAUAAGAGAAAUGGUCAAAGAAAAAGGCAAAACUAUUGAAAAUUUUUGUUUGUCUUGUGGAUCAACUGAGAUUGAAGUGCAGCACCCGUUGUUUGAAGGCGGUCUCUGCCUGAAAUGCAAGGGGAACUUCACAGAGACACUGUUUCGCUACGAUGAAGACGGCUACCAGUCGUACUGCACCGUGUGCUGCGGCGGCACAGAGGUCAUUCUGUGUGGCAACGCCAGCUGCUGCAGAUGUUUCUGUAAGGACUGUGUGGAGAUCCUGGUGGGUCCGGGAACCUUUGACAAGCUGAAAGACAUCGAUCCAUGGAGCUGCUACAUGUGCAAGCCGUCACAGUGCGAAGGAAACCUCAAACUCAGACCAGACUGGAGCGUCAAGGUUCAGGACUUCUUUGCCAACAACAGCGCCAUGGCGUUCGAGCCUCACAGAGUUUACCCCUCCAUCCCUGCUGACCAGCGUCGACCAAUCAAGGUGCUCUCGCUUUUUGACGGCAUUGCAACAGGCUACCUGGUGCUCAGAGAUCUGGGCUUCAAGAUGGAGCGCUACAUUGCUUCAGAGAUUUGUGACGAUUCAAUCGCUGUGGGGAUGAUCAAGCACGAGGGAAAGAUCGAGUAUGUCAACGAUGUUCGGACCAUCACAAGGAAACACGUGGCUGAAUGGGGUCCAUUUGAUCUUCUGAUUGGAGGCAGUCCGUGCAACGACCUGUCCAUGGUCAACCCUCUUCGAAAAGGAUUAUUUGAGGGCACUGGAAGGCUCUUUUUUGAGUUCUACCGCCUUCUGCACUUGUUGAAGCCGAAGGAGGGCGACGACCGUCCGUUCUUCUGGCUGUUUGAGAACGUGGUUUUCAUGAGUGGCAAUGAUAAAUCAGAUAUCUGCAGAUUCCUUGAGUGUAAUCCAAUUUUGAUCGAUGCCAUCAAAGUUAGUCCUGCUCACAGAGCACGCUACUUUUGGGGAAACCUCCCUGGCAUGAACAGACCUCUUGCUACGUCUCUUGAUGACAAAGUGGGCCUCCAGGAUUGUUUGGAAGGCGGACGCACGGCAAUGUUCGAGAAAGUCCGCACCAUCACAACAAAGUCCAACUCUAUAAGGCAGGGAAAGAUGGGUUCACUUCCUGUCACCAUGAACGGCAAAGAGGACUACCUGUGGUGCACCGAAAUGGAACAGAUCUUUGGCUUCCCCAAACACUACACAGACGUGAACAACAUGGGUCGCGCGCAAAGGCAGAGAGUCCUGGGCCGCUCCUGGAGCGUCCCCGUUAUUCGCCACCUCUUCGCCCCGCUGAAGGAUUACUUUGAAUGUGAAUAGCGACUGUGAACAGAACAGCAGCGGUAAACCUACUGCCUUAUCCCCGCCCUGCUUUACUAGCCUGUUCAAACUCUCAAUUUAGAUUUGACUGUUUUGACUUGUAGUGUUUACUCUUGAGCUCCUUCAAUCCUGUGAGUUGUCAGUCAAUGAGCCACGAUCACCAGCAGGCACUGACACUUUUCAGUUAGUGUUCUUCCCCAGGUUUCCUUUGAUAGACGAUGGUGCUGUGAUCAAACAAUAGUUUUGCUCAGAACAUUGGCCUGAAUCACGAAGCGAGAUCAGACGGUUAACCGGUUAUCUUUGGGCUUAGUUCAGGUUUUCCAGUAUCGCAACGCUGGUGAGUCAUUCCUACAGGAUCCUGACAUGAACCACUGAAUCUGCAAUGAAGCAAUGAAGUUGCAAUAGAGAUAUUUUAUAGAGCAGUAGAAUCACUUUGGCUAGCACGGCCGUUACAGUUAAUAAUUAUGAUUAAUCUCUCCUUUGGCAGCAGGAAGAGCUUUACUUCACCUUAUUUUAAGUCAAUCAUCCAUAGUUGUUCGUUCAUCAUUGGACAAAAUGUCUUUAUAGUAAUACCUACACGUUCUCAUAUUUGGAUGUUGUUCCUAAUAUUUCUAAGGCUUCAGUGAAGCCAAAGAGCGCCGUUGAACUUGCGUCGUGGUUCGGGCCUCAGGUCUCUACCUCAACACUGAAUUACUGGCUAAAAAUCUGUAGUAACACUUUUUUAUCCUGUAUUUAAUUUACGAAUAGGACAUCUGUCUGUGUGAUCUGUAUUUGAUAUUGUUUUAACAAAUAAUCUUAACAGUGAUUUUAAGUCUGAUCCAAUCAUGUUCAUCAGUAGCUGUGGUGAAUUUGAUUGUUUUUAUGAGCCUUUUUCUGUGCUUUUUAAAACGUUUUUAUUCAAAUUACAUUCAUCUCACCGCAGUGCACCAGUGAUUUUGCCCAAAAUUACCUCACUGAUUUUGCAUCGGUGCUAACAUUUUGUCUUUUUUAAGGUCUGCUAUGUAUACCAAAAAAUAUUUUGUGCUUACUCUUUGAGAGCAAAAAGCUGUGAGUAUUAAUAUUUCAACUUCAGUGUCUUCAAUAUUACUUGAAUAAGGACGAGACUGCAGAGGUCUGACUAAAACGUGACGUAGUAGACGUGUAACUCGCAGUUAAGGAACAUAAUGAUGAUUUUGCACAUUUCCUCCCCUUAUUUACAAAGUUGUAUCACUAAAAGAAGGCAAACAUAUUUCACAACCCAUUAAAAUGAACAGCCAAAGCUCACUGCUUUGUUUAAGACCUUUUAUUAUCCUUUCAUUAAAAAAAGGUCGACGUAUUUUCCUCAGUCUAUCGGUGUAUACUGUAAGAACAAGAUACAAUUCAAACUUCAGCAUUUAGUUUUGGGAGCAAUGUGUGAUUGAUUUAAAAAAAAGAAAACAGCCCUAAUGGAGAGGGGGA